GCAGGGCUGUCAGUGUACGCAGGGCUGUCAGUUGUUUUCCGCAUUGAAGCAGUCCUGGGGCAAAAAAUGUGUCCUAAAGUGAUGGAAAACUACGUGGCAUCAAUGGUGCUGAGUGCAGUUGGCGACACACUGGGCUAUUACAAUGGGCAAUGGGAGUUCCUGCAGAGUGGCACAGCCAUCCACAAGGAGCUGGCAGAAAUGGGGGGACUUGGCAACUUCAGCAUUCAAGGUUGGAAAGUCAGCGAUGAUACAGUAAUGCACUUGGCUACAGCCGAAGCCCUGGUAGCUGCUGGAAAAAACCCAAGUUUAGCAAAUCUCUAUUCGCUGAUUGCAAAGAACUACAAGGAGUGUAUGAAUGACAUGAACGGCAGAGCUCCAGGUGUCACAUGCCAGGAGAACGCACUGAAGCUGGACCCGGGGCGGCCGGACGGCUGGAGGAUCCCGUUCAGCCCGCGCGCAGGAGGCUGUGGGGCUGCCAUGCGCUCCAUGAGCAUCGGGCUGCGUUUCUGCCACCCCGCGGAGCUGGACACCCUUGUGCAAGUCAGUAUUGAGAGUGGCCGUAUGACCCACCACCAUCCCACCGGCUACCUAGGGGCCCUCACUUCCGCCCUCUUCACAGCUUUUGCAGUGAACAACGUGCCCCCCCAAGCCUGGGGGAAGGGCCUGCUGGAGGUGCUGCCACGGGCGAAAGCCUACGUGCAGAACACUGGCUUCUUCGUGGAGGAGAACAUGGCACAAUGGCAUUACUUUGAAGAGCAAUGGGAAAAAUACCUGUUGGAGAGAGGCAUAUCGGAUGGGGUCUCUCUGCCCACCUUCCCCCUCAAUUAUGGUGUGAAAGAGAGAGACUCAUUCUACACCUCCCUCAGCUACGAUGGCUGGGGGGGGAGUAGUGGGCACGAUGCCCCCAUGAUUGCUUAUGAUGCACUCCUGGGUGCUGGGGACUCAUGGGAAGAGCUGGCUCACCGGGCUUUCUUCCAUGGUGGUGACAGCGACUCCACUGCUGCCAUUGCAGCCUGCUGGUGGGGUGCUAUGCAUGGCUUCCAGGGGGUCCAUGCCUCUCUCUAUGCCCACCUGGAGUACAGGGACCGCCUGGAACAGGUGGCCAAGGACUUGUAUCACAUUGCCUAGGUGGGGUUGGCCAGGUCUUCCAGCGGCAAUCUUACUCCACCUGCUGCCCCUCACUAACUCAGGAUUGUUCAAACUGUUUGCAAAGCUCCUGUAUUA